CAGUCUCAUACCCUGCUACUUCUGCUGCAUGUAAACAAUCUGAAGGUUGGCAGAGGCGUGGAUGUAGUUCAUGUGCAUCACUGGUGCCACCCACAGGGAGGGACCUUCUGCUUAUGGACGCCUUUAAGUAUUAGCUUUAGUUGCAGAAUCAAGCAGAUGGUAAGGAACAGACUGAAAGAGGACGAGCUGUAAACUGAAGCUGCCUUGUCCUCACAACAACCCGAUUGAUCCUCCUUCUCUGCUUUGUGAUGGUGAUUGCUGAGCUUUAGGAUCUACGCAGGAUCCAUAGAAGCAGCUUGGACAAUACACAGGCUUCUCUAUUGAAAGAAGAGACAUUGAUUAAGGGAAGUGCUACAAAAACUGGUGGCGGUCCACAGUGGUCAACUGCAAAGUCUUCUAUGAAGACAAAAACUGACAUCUUUCUAGUCUAAACUGCAGAGCUGAAAAGUCACAUACCUGUUCAGAAAGUGAUCCAGCUAUGGCAUCAUUGAAGAUAUGGGACCAUCUACAGGCUGGGAGCUCAGAAGUGGACUGGUGUGAGGACAAUUACAAAAUUGUCCCCACUAUUGCAGAGUUUUACAAUACGAUCAGCAACAUUUUGUUUUUUGUGCUGCCACCCAUAUGCAUGUGCCUAUUCCGUCAAUAUGCCACUUGCUUCAACAGCGGGAUAUAUUUAAUAUGGGCCCUGCUCGUAGUAGUUGGCAUUGGGUCAGUUUACUUUCAUGCAACCCUCAGUUUCCUGGGACAGAUGCUAGAUGAAUUGGCCAUCCUGUGGGUACUAAUGUCCGCCUUAGCAAUGUGGUUUCCUAAAAGGCAUCUUCCAAAAGUCUUCCGUCAUGACAGAUGGAGAUUUAAAGCAGUCGUUGGAGUACUAUCUGGAAUCACCACAGUUUUGGCGUUCGUGAAACCUGUAAUCAAUAGUAUAUCACUGAUGACACUGGGAAUACCUUGUACGAUUCUGCUUAUUACUGAGCUCAAGAGAUGUGACAACAUGAGAGUUUACAAGUUGGGCCUUAUGUCUGGCUUUUGGUGGACAUUAGCAUUAGUCUGCUGGAUCAGUGAUAAAGCUUUUUGUGAAAUGUGGGCACAUUUCAACUUCCCCUACCUUCACUGUUUAUGGCACAUUCUCAUCUGUCUGGCUGCUUAUCUUGGCUGUGUCUGCUUUGCUUACUUUGAUGCUGCAUCUGAAAUUCCAGAACAAGGACCUGUCAUUAAAUUCUGGCCAAGUGAAAAGUGGGCUUUCAUUGGAGUGCCAUACGUCAGCUUACUCUGCGCUCGCAAGAAGUCACCUAUGAAAAUUACAUGAACUCCAGCAGAACAGUGUGGAACGUUAAGAUCCUUCUACAGUGAAAUCUCCUUGGAAAUUCAGCAGGCAUUUUACAUGUCUCAUUAGGGACUAAUAAUGACAGACAUGUCUUAUCUUAAGGCUCCUAAUUGGUUCGGUCUUUAGUUACUGCCAAAAUGACAAGAAAAAAAAUUGCCUCUAUUUCCUACAAACGCAGUUCUCUUCCGAGAAUCUUAUUUAUUGACACAUUCAUAUUUAUAUAAUGACUUUUUCACCAUUAAAUAAUUCUGCAUUGCACUUGUGUCAUCUCACAGAAGUCUAUAUAUCUGUCACGUGUUCGGGAAGAAAAUGCAGUGGCGGCUUGUAUGCUAUUCCUAUCAGGACUAUAAAUAUUUGAUGUGGUGUUGCGUCUGGUAGCUGUCAUCUCUCUUAUGGAAAUGUACAGGUUCAGGGGAAGAAUCUUGCAGUUCUGAGCUGUAGAGAUGUUAAUGUGAGGCUCAAAUUACUCUUCAGGGUUAAAUGUUCUAUUGUAAUCUUGUUUCCAGUGGCUGAGAGAGGAAGAGGUUUUUGUAUUUUCUGAGAGAUCCUAGUAAUCUAUUAUUAUUAUUUUUUCAGAUUGUGUGUAAAGCUGCUUUGUACAUCUAACCAAUCAAAGUAUU